UCGGUGGUGAUGGUGGUCCUCGCGCCAGGCAUCCACACAAGCUCUGGAAAACGCGAGAGCUUAGCUUUGGCUGUGGUGGACGGACUGUAUAGGUGGAGGGAAAUCGUUGGUCCCUGUGGAAACUCUCGACUGCUGGGUGGAAGAAUUUGCGGGACAAAGAGGGAGCUAUCCUUAUCGGCAGAGAGGUACACGUCAAGGAUGCGUACUCUUGUAUGGGAUGGAAUGCGCCCAGGUAGUUUCUCUCUUUCUCUUCACAUUCUCUUUGGCUUGGUUGCCAUGGUCAGUUUUUCUAUGCGACAAAACAAAAGAGCUCGCUGUGCUCUUUACAACCGCAGGGAAAAAGGACAGCAGCGCUCGUCUCGUGUGAUGAAAGGUGGCCUUAACGGAAUGAAACGACGCAAUGCGUGACGUUUUUUUUCUUCGACUUCUUCUACGUCAGGAAAGAGAGUUCUUUUCCGAGUUAGUGCCGACGACACGGCUUCGCGAGCUCUAGUGUUUUGACGAACUGGAACGAAGAAAAGCCGUGCUAGAUAUGAAGAGAGCCUGUGCCAGCCAAAAUGGCCUCUCAGGGAAGUUAAUGAAUCCAUGUACAUAGGAAAAAGAAGGAAAUGAUGGCUUCAAUUACUUACAGACUUCUCGGCGCUUAAGCCGCUCGAAGUGGA